AUGGCACAAGAACUUGGUGUGGAAAGCAAGGCCAUGCCGGGGAGCGCAACAAUGGGAAGUGCUUCAUCGAACGCGACCAAACCUCUGCCUGCAGCAGCAUCGAAUGCUACAGCUCCUGCAAUGGCAUCGAAUGCAUCAGCUCCAGCAGCGCCUCCCGGUGCUGCCUCGAAUGGAACAGCUCCCUCUGCCACAUCAAAUGGUACAGCUUCCGCGCCAGCAUCGAAUGCUACAGCUCCCGCAUCAACUCCGAGAGCAAACGGAACAGCUACGGUAAUGACUCCCGGAGCAACAUCUAAUGCUACUGCUCCCGCAUCAUCAAACGGUACAGCUCCCGCGCCGGCAUCGAAUGCUACAGCUCCCACAUCAACUCCGAGAGCAAACGGAACAGCUACGGUAAUGACUCCCGGAGCAACAUCUAAUGCUACUGCUCCCGCGGGAACUCCCGCAGCUUUCUCCGAGAACACUCGAUUGAAUUGCGACCAGGGCAAACUUCCAACCCACAAUUUCCCCAGUUUCCUGCUAAAAAGGACAAGAAAAUCAAAUACAGAUGGGAUAUCCCUUUCCCACACUUUCUCGACUGUAGAAUCGUAUAAUCACCGCUCACCGAGGAAUUCGACAUACGCCAUCACUAUGCUGACCUUCACUGAAAGAAAACUCAGUAGCUGUUGUUCAGAAGUCAUACCAAUGUGCAAUCUCAACGAGUGCAACGGAUCCGUGUUCACUCGCGUCAUGUUAGCAAAUCACCACCUUCGGCCAGGAUCUAUGCCUCUCCUGGCUCGAUAA